GUGACGUCAUGACCAGACCGUCAUCUGCAUCAUCGCGCAGCGCGCCCAAAACUCGGCGGCAGACAUCGGUCCACUCGUUCAUUUUCAGACCGCCAGCCGCAGCACCACCCUGCUCUCCCCGCCUGAGUUCCUCUCUUCCCCUCAUCCCUCUUGCCACGACCGUCACGACCCCCAAAUCCCUCACGAACUACUAUUGCUUGUGCUUGCAGUUAACCCAUCAUGGUCAACUUUGACAACCAUGUACGCAGGGGACACCCGAUCGUGUUUGGCUUGAUUAUUCUGUUCGGGAUCAUCGAGGUCGCAAUAUCCGGAUGGCUCACGGGCACGUACAACUCGCACCAUGACUACCUGAGUCUCGCCGUUCGCGACCGAACACGGUACAUCCUUUUCACGUCCUGCUGGACCGUGUUCUUCUCGCUCUUCUACCUUGCGCUAUUCUGGCACUCUGCGUCGACGGGCUCGGUCCUCACCAGUGUAAUGAGCCAUGGAUUCUUCUUGUUCCUCACUUGGGUGCUCUGGGUCGCUGCUGCUGCUAGCAUCACAUCCGCGCUCGGUGGCGGGCUUGACUGCAACCUGCGGUACACGUACUGUGGUCAGCUGAACGCACUGGAAGCCUUCGCGUGGAUCGAGUGGAUCAUGGUCACCUUUGCACUCAUCACUGUCCUCUUCCGGGGAGUAUCAGCCUCGCGCCGCGGAGACGGUUUCAGAGGCCAGUUGGUUGCCUAAGGCUACGUCCACCUGCCGCCUUACUUGCCUAUGUCCCGUUUUGGUCGAUCACCUUUCCACACCUUACCUUGCUUGUUCUUCAAAGUACUGUAUACCCCUGGAUCUUUGGACUCGGAUCGUAUACAGUGUAUCCUUCGUAAUGAUAAUGACACGAGUUGUAGCCCCUUCGCUGUUGUCGGCCCCGAUUUGUCUUCACGACUUGGAUGAUCAGCGAAUAUCUCGGAUCUCUAGAAAUACAGCAGACCAUGAGCAUCCUCAGUGAGCGAGACAAGAAAAGCAUCAGCUUCAGUGACCAGACUCAUCCUGAGUGAAUUUGAC